GUCAGUACGUAAAGCAAUGCGAACCAUGGCAACCACUGUUUAAAUACUUCCGUUCCUAGCAACCCAGCAGUAAGAGCUCUUGAUGGAAGUAAAAGAACAAUAUUCAGUAAAUAAACAGAAAGAACUUCUUCACAACCAAGUUAAAGAACUGAGGGGUUCUAAUGUAGCCCUCCUGGCAGAAAAUGACAUGUUUGAACACUUCAUUGGUCGUCUGGAUCCUCAGCACUUGGAGUCCAAAACUGGGGGAGAAGGUCUGCAAUUAACACAAGGCUCCAACGUGGAUGGUGGGGGAGCUGAGAGGAGGCAGAGGCCUCAGUACAACUUAUCAGAGCCUCUCCAGCUGCUGACCUUGGAGCAAAAACUUUAUGUGGCACAGAGAGAAGCAACUGAGACACAGGCAGAUCAGGAAAGACUCAAAGCGAACUACGAGAGAAUUCUGGACAACUACAAGUCUUUUAUAAAAGAAACCGACUUGCGUUCAACUGAGAUCAAGAAAGCCAAAAAAGAUUUUGAACGCAGAUUCUUAAAACCUAUGAAAGGCAGUUUUCUGGAAGUAAAGGAGCUAGAGAAAGUUCUCCAGCACAUCGAAGACAAAUCAAAGGUCACCCAGCUGGAAAAGUUUCACCAGAAGAAUAAGGCAUUGAGAGUCCAAGUGAUGAAGCUCCUGCAGCAGCUCCAACAGAAAAAAGAGACGAGAAAAGCAGAAUUUGAAGUAGAGGAAGAAAUAUUUUUCCAGGAGUACGAUGAACCCCGAAUGGACAAAAAACUAAAUGAACUUAAACACAACAGUUCUAAGGUUCAGCGUCUCCUCAGUUCACACAAGGAGAAGCUGCAGAGUUUAACACUGGAGUCCACAGAGCUGAGCAAUGACAUCACUAAAAGAAAGGAAAUUCUUGCAAAACUUGAGAAUGAGAUAAAACGUGCGAAGAAGGAGAGUUUAAAGGCAGAGGGGCUCAACCAAUUCCUGUGCAAAGAGCUUACAGAUUAUCACGUUCCUGAUAUCACAGAGUAUUUUUUCGCCAAGGAAAAACACAAGAAGCUGCUACAAAGCAUUCACCAUUGGAAGAGACAUGUUGGGAUUGCUGAGAUGGCCUUGAAGACUCACAGUAGAGAAUGGAGAAGACAGAGAGGCACUCUCACUCCUUCAAACAGCGCUGAGGCUGGAAGUCGGUAUGGCAACCCUCGGAUGUCAGUAAAGCUCCCACAUAUAGCAGAAGACUGUACUUUAGACAAAUGAUUUUCUAGAUAGCAAUGAAGUAAAUGUACAGUAGAAAUCACAAAAACGAUACUUUUUCAAAGCUAAUCUCACCCGACAGGAUAAGUAGCUUAAAAACAGCGUAAGUAUUAAUAUGUAACUUUUUGUGUCUUUUCUUUUAAAUUUAAAUGUAGUCUUCCAUAAAGGAACAGUCAUGAAAAAAAAAAAAUAAGUGUACAAUUUAUAUUUAGAAUUUUGUUCAAAUUUUCGAGAUUGUCAAUUGGAAGCCAAAUGUUUAUCUCAUGUGGUCUAUCCCACCUUUCCAAUUUCACUGAGGAGUACAUGGAUACAUUCACAUUAUCUACUUUAUUUAAAAAAAUAUAUAAAAGCUUUCGCUGUAGUAACUCUUAAGGGAUAGAAGAAAUUAUUCAGGCUUCUGGAAACGAUGGCGCGAGUGUCUGCAGGGUGAUGUGAUGCCUGCAAGUUUUGCUAAAUGUACCAUCACAUUUAACAAAUGUUUUGUUAAAUCUUGGCAGAUAUCUUUAUUGAAUUAAAACCAUGUGUGACAAACACCUUUUAUUUUUGUACGUCUUGAUGUUUGUGUCUCACCUGUGCAAAAACUCCCUAAGCGAUGUCCUGUAAAUGCACUGAAACUCUUUAAAAUAAAAGUAAAUAAAGAAAAAUCCACCUCAGAUUCGACAAACUAUUUUCUUUAUUAAAAAAAAAAAUCCUCCAUUGAAAGAACUUUAGAUGUUGUGAUGUUACAUGCCAUAUUUACAGGUAUAUACAUAAAAGUGCAAUGUCACAAUGUGUAAGCCGGUUAAUAUUAUAUCUGCCAUAGAGCCGUUUGGGAAACUAAGUCUUAAUGCAUUUCUACUUGCUACACUGCAUUUUACUGAAAACCACAGCAUCUAAGUUGAAAACGCAACAGGACAGAAUGUCUGAAGUUCCACUUAAACAUUUUCAAAGGCACUUUUCACAAGUACAUACUACUGAUGUACAGAACAAACUAGUUUAAAGUUCACAGACAGCUUAACGGAGUCCUGCUGCUGAUCAUGUUACAUUGUGACCAGAAAAAAAAAAAAAAAAAACACCGACAACUGGCUUCAUACUGAUGCCAACGUCUUCUGCAACAUGGGCUCAGAGUGAUUUUAACCCUCCAAAAUCAAACAGAAA